GUAGCUGAGGAACUAAACACGGCUUUUAUUUUGAAGUGCGAUGUUACGGAAGCGCCAGUUGCGCGGGAGCGGCAAAUGAAGAUGGACGCGCGCAGAGUGAAGCUGAAAGUGAGCGCGGGAUUUAAAAUGCGCGGAUUAAUCCUGCGACCGGAGUCCAGCCGGUUUCUGCUGCAGGUUCUGGAGUCCGUCAGUGAAGCGGAUCUGGAUGAAGUUCUGGAGAGAAUCUUAGAUGCUGUUGAAAAGCAGCCUCUGUCGUCCAGCAUGAUUGAACUGUCUGUGGCAGAAGCGGCUGUUCAGGACUGCAGUCAGUCAUGUGAUGAGACCAUUGAUAACGUUUUCAACAUCAUCGGAGCCUUCGAUGUUCCUCGAUUCGUCUUCAGCUCAGAGAGGAAGAAAUUUGUACAUGUCGGCAUGACGACUCACGCGGUGCCGAAGCUGUGCGGCGAGUCCAGAGAUAAAGCCGAGCUCUUCCGAGAGCGAUACACCAUCCUGCAACAGCGAACACACAGGCACGAGCUCUUCACUCCUCCGGUUAUUGGUUCAACUCCAGAUGAAGGGAGAAACAAGUUCCAGCUGAAGACGGUGGAAGCUCUCCUGGGCAGCACAGCUAAAGUCGGAGAAGUGAUCGUCCUCGGCAUGAUCACACAGCUGAAAGAGGGCAAGUUCUACCUGGAGGACCUCAGUGGCACAGUGCAGCUCAAUAUAUCAAAGGCACAGUUUCACAGCGGCCUUUACACAGAGUCCUGCUUCGUUCUGGCUGAGGGAUGGUACGAGGAUUCUGUGUUCCAUGUCAACGCGUUUGGGUUCCCGCCCACAGAACCCUCUUCUUUCACCAGGGCAUAUUAUGGCAAUAUAAACUUCUUUGGUGGGCCGUCCACCACUGCGGUCAAAGCGUCAGCCAAACUCAAGCAGCUGGAGGAGGAGAAUGAAGACGCCAUGUUUGUGAUUGUGUCGGAUGUGUGGCUGGACAGUGUGGAGGUCCUGGAGAAGAUACACACCAUGUUCUCAGGAUACUCCGCCAUGCCGCCCACCUGCUUCAUAUUCUGUGGGAACUUCUCCUCCGCUCCGUACGGCAGGAACCAGCUCCAAACACUCAAAGAUUCUUUUAAAGCGCUUGCUGAUCUGAUUUGUGAAUUUCCCAGCAUUCACAACAGCAGUCGUUUUGUGUUUGUUCCCGGACCAGAAGACCCGGGGCCCGGCACGGUCCUGCCCAGACCUCCGCUGGCGGAGCAUCUCACAGAAGAGUUCCGAGAGCGCGUGCCGUUCUCCGUCUUCACCACCAACCCCUGCAGGAUACAGUACUGCAGUCAAGAGAUGGUGGUGAUUCGAGAAGACCUCGUCAACAAGAUGUGCCGAAACUGUGUUCGACUCCCAAGCAGCAACCUGGAUAUCCCUUCCCAUUUUGUGAAAACCAUCCUGUCACAAGGUCACCUGACGCCGCUCCCGCUCUACGUGUGUCCGGUGUACUGGGCGUAUGAUUACGCCUUACACGUUUAUCCCGUUCCUGAUGUCAUCGUCUUCGCUGAUAAAUACGACCCUUUCAACGUCUCCAACACAGACUGCCUGUGCAUCAACCCGGGUUCUUUUCCAAAAAGUGGAUUCUCCUUUAAAGUUUACUAUCCGUCCAAUAGAACAGUGGAAGACAGCAAAUUGCAAGGGCUUUAAACCAGAAGAUUCAUGGAAUAUCACACUGAUGUGCUUCCUGUUUUUAAUGUAGUUAUUUCCAUUGCAGUCUUUAAAAUGUAAAUUUCUUUUUAGACUGUUACAACAAUUUCAUAUGGCUAUUGUUUGAUUUGAUUGUUGAUGCACUUUUAAAGUUAAAUAAAUAUAGACAAAAUGUGGUUGUUGAAUUCA